AUGGAACGAUUCGAUGAGUUCGAGUAUAACACAUCCGACAUGCUCGGGCAUGGCGCCUUUGCCAUUGUCUAUAAGGGACGUCAUCGAGCGCGACCUCACGAGCCACUCGCCAUAAAAGCCAUCGCUCGCAAGAACAUCCAAAAAUCGAAGAACCUAUUGCAGAAGGAGAUCAGAAUUUUAAAAGAGCUGAGUAGUCUAAGGCACGAAAACCUGGUCUCGCUACUGAAAUGCACGGAGACGAACACCCACGUGUAUCUGGUGCUUGAAUUCUGUGAUGGCGGUGAUCUGCAUGACUAUCUGCAACAGAAGACGACGAUGAAGGAGGACAGUAUUCAACAUCUUGUCAUUCACAUCGCCCGGGCGUUGAAAGCUAUCAACGAGAAGGGGAUUAUGCAUCGAGAUCUGAAACCUCAGAAUAUUCUGUUGUGUAAUCCGAGCAAACGGGUCAAUCCACCAUUCCACGAACUGGUCAUUAAAUUGGCCGAUUUCGGUUUUGCCCGUUUCUUGAAUGAUGGUGUGAUGGCGGCAACGUUGUGCGGUUCACCAAUGUAUAUGGCACCAGAGGUGAUCAUGUCACUUAACUACGACGCAAAAGCUGAUCUCUGGUCCGUCGGAACAAUCCUCUUCCAAUGCCUCACCGGAAAAGCCCCGUUCCACGCCUCAACCCCUCCGCAACUCAAAAUGUUCUACGAGAAGAACUCGGUACUCCGGCCGAGCAUCCCCGGAUGGUGCUCACCACAGCUUAAUGAUCUCCUCCUCAAACUUCUCAAGCGAAAUGCCCGCGACAGGAUAUCGUUCAACGACUUCUUCAAGCAUGACUUCUUGCAUACACCAAUCCCGAUCAUCUCCCCGUCAAAACGAUUAUUGGACACCCAGUCUCCAAUCGCUGCCCGAAGAGUCCCAGCUCCAUCUACAGCAUUACCGGUUCCAAGGAAAACAGCACCAAGAGAAUCCCGAGACAGUCCAAGUGCUGUCAAGAAGCCGUUGAACGAUAGCACGUCUGAUUUCACCUUCCUACCACCUUUGAAAGAAUCGAAUCCAGUCAAGCAGGUGCAAGUCCACACCGAUCAUUCGUCCGGUGCAAACAAACCAGUCCCAGUCCCCAGUCAACGACAAAACUACGCAAGAUUCGAGGAAAAAGGAAGAGGGCGUGCCAAUAAUCACGAAAACCCGUUGGCAAGCACGGCGGGGACAUCAGCUGUUGGUGAUUAUCAUCCCAGGCCAUCCAUUGAGGGGAUCACAUUGCCAGAGACAAAUUACAUUAUCCGGGGCUCGGCAACAAGAAGGAGUGCUGCUGGAGAGUCAAGGUUACGGCGGCCGACGGUCGUUCGAGAAGAACCUGCAAUCCCCUCAUUGCCUGGUCAAGUGGAAAUCCUGCCAAAAUCAGCAACGUCGUCUGCAUUGAGGAGGCAGGCAAGCAACGGAAACGAACUGGAGAGGCUACCAUUCAAGCCACCUCAAGGUGUUGAGCCGCUCGACAAUGUGAAAUAUCUCAGUGUAUCCACACCAAAGCAGCGGGCCGAACUUACCGUCAAUGCAUCACCGCCGGCGGCACAGAGCGACAUCAGUGAUGAUGAAGAUGCCCCACACGAGCACAUCUCACUACCAUUUGGAGGCGCCGUCAAUGAAUCGCCACGGGAGGAAAAUAGCAGCUCAAAGAUGACGGAUUCGACAUCAGGAGAUGAUACAACUUCUUCUAGUAUGGCUGCCGCGCCACCAUCAGUUCCUCGUCAAAACAAUCCAUUCGCGCCAGUCGAUUAUGAAGAAUCAGGAGAUGCUCCUCCUCCGGCGUUGGAGCAAGAGACGGUCAUGAAGGAGGAACACAAACAGGUCCUGAGCAAGCUGAAAUACGUCCUGGAACUCGUGGAAACGCUCAUUGAAGUGGCAGAGGCCAAGGAUAGCCCCCUAGCCAAUAUCCACACAAAUAAGGUGGAGCAAGGCGAACGGGGGACAGCAUAUCGACGUGCCGAGCAGCUUGUUUUGUAUGUUAGGGCGCUACAUAUGCUCAGCUCAGCAUUGUUGUUGGCACAGAGAAAUGUGGCUACCCGAACGCUACAUCCAUCCCCAGCUGUGCAAAACGUGUUGAACUUGCUGAAUGACAAAUAUCAUCAGUGUUUGGUCCGAUCUCAAGAAUUGGCGUCUCUUGGAGUCCCCGGCGCCGAUCCAGCGAUGGCGGUUGUUUCCGCAGAGAGGAUAAUGUAUCGGCAUGCCAUGCAAUUAUGCCAAGAAGCGGCGCUUGAUGAGCUUUUUGGAAAUCCGCAUCUAUGUAGUCGAAGAUAUCAAACCGCCUACAUGAUGUUCCACACAUUAUCCGAACAAGUCAAUGCGGAACAAGACAAAACAGCGCUCGCACGAUACAAAAACGCAGUGGAAAAGAGGCUGCGAAUACUGGAACGACAAGGGUUCGUGACGGCCGUCGCGAAUUCG